AUGGAUUUCCUAGAUGAGCUCGAAGAUAGUGACGAUAUCAAGAGAUGGCAGUCGCUAUUUGGUUACACACAUGUCCAAGCUAUACAGAAAAUCCAAGAGCACAGGGCAGAUUUAUCUCGUGUCCCUAUCACGGACUCUCAUUGGGACAUUGUGCGCGCCGAGAAAGAGGCGGAAGGUUACAACAAGGAGGCCUACGAGCACUCCCAUAGCCUCAUGACGUCCCUUACGUCCAACUCGAGGCCCCGAAAGAUUACUAGCAAGACCAAACCGUCGGUCUAUCUUCUUAAGCUCGAAGGACCUCUCGAUACUGUAAUCCGAGUGCAAUCAGCCGCUGGCCUUGACAUAGCACCUCAAGAGCACAGAGGCACAGAUGACUCGGGCGAACACACAGUAUUUUGCAAAGUUGACGUACACACUAAGGAAAAACUUGGCGAGUUCCUCGCCAGCCAGGGGUCAAGAUUUCAACCCACAUUCAUCCGGUACUCGAGGGCAGAAAAGGACUUGUCCACAAAAUCGGCAUAUCCGACUCUCGGCAUCGACACAACUAUGCCUCAGCACCGCCUCUGCUCCAACGACGACCCGAAGCUGGUUCCGGCACAGAACCAAUACCCGGUGUGGUACUUCUUCUACGGGACCCUUGCGGACCCGUCGGUCUUGAAGCGGUUGUUGGGUAUCGAUCCGUCGUACUGCCCUGCGAGCGUGGUAGGCGGUGUUUUGAAGACAUGGGGUGGAAAAUACAAGGCGUUGGUCGACGCGCCGAGCGGCAAAACAGUACGAGGCCAAGCAUUCCUUGUGAAGAACCAGGAGCAGGAGGAAUGCCUCCAGCUAUACGAGACCGACAAGUACGACGUGGUCCGGUGUGAAUUUCAGCUUCACGGCAAGAAAGUAAAGGGGCUUACAUUUCGAUUUAUCGGCGAUGUUGAUCCAUAGGCCUUACUCGGCGGGAAAGGGCAUGUUUUAAAGGGAUAAGUUUGACGUUAUCGUCGAACUUGUUAUUAGUCAAAGGGAUUGGUUUUAGGUUGAACGGCCGGGAAUCUUUAGUGGUAGUGUGCAUUAUGCGCCAUAGCGUGUUGCUUCUUUUUCUUCAAGCCUUCGUCUCUUAGCGAUUAAAAAGAAG